GUCUUUGUUUCGGCUCGUGCACCUAUAUGGUGCCGAGCAUCACGAGCACGUGACUUCAAAGAUGCACGCGUGGAUGUGUUACAAGUCGUGACUGGCCUUAACCUGACGUAGAGCCGCGCGGGACCUCCUCGGGAUUUGCCCCGCGGCCGUUCUCCGCGCGCGGGAGCGGCGGGCGGCCCCGGCGCCACCAUGUACGGGAGCGCCCGCUCRGUGGGCAAGGCGGAGGCGAGCGGCCAGAGCCCGGGGCGCUCGCCGCGCCUGCCGCGCUCGCCGCGCCUGGGCCACCGCCGCACCAACAGCACCGGGGGCGGCUCCGGGAGCGCCGGCGGCGCCGGCGGCGGCAAAACCCUCUCCAUGGAGAAYAUCCAGUCUUUAAACGCUGCCUACGCCACGUCCGGCCCCAUGUACCUGAGCGACCACGAGAACGUAGGGGCGGACACCCCCAAAAGCACCAUGACCUUGGGGCGGUCUGGGGGGCGGCUGCCUUACGGCGUGAGGAUGACCGCGAUGGGAAGCAGCCCCAACAUCGCCAGCAGCGGAGUGGCCAGCGAUACCAUUGCGUUCGGGGAGCACCACCUGCCUCCGGUGAGCAUGGCCUCCACGGUGCCCCACUCGCUGCGCCAGGCCAGGGACAACACCAUCAUGGAUCUGCAGACGCAGCUCAAAGAAGUGCUGCGGGAAAACGACCUGCUCCGCAAGGACGUGGAGGUGAAGGAAAGCAAGCUGAGCUCGUCGAUGAAUAGCAUCAAGACCUUCUGGAGCCCYGAGCUCAAAAAGGAGAGAGCCCUGAGGAAAGAUGAGGCUUCCAAGAUCACUGUUUGGAAGGAGCAGUACCGAGUUUUGCAGGAAGAAAACCAGCACAUGCAGAUGACUAUCCAGGCUCUCCAAGACGAGCUUCGCAUCCAGCGGGACCUGAACCAGCUGUUCCAGCAAGACAGCAGCACUCGGACCAGCGAGCCCUUUGUGGCCGAGCUCACAGAGGAGAACUUCCAGCGCCUGCAUGCAGAGCAUGAGCGCCAGGCCAAGGAACUUUUUCUGCUGCGUAAAACCUUAGAAGAGAUGGAGUUGCGUAUUGAGACACAGAAACAGACCUUAAACGCACGCGACGAGUCCAUCAAAAAGCUGCUGGAGAUGCUGCAGAGUAAAGGUCUGUCGGCGAAAGCCACCGAGGAGGAUCAUGAGCGAACGAGGAGGUUGGCUGAGGCAGAGAUGCAUGUCCACCACUUGGAGAGCCUUCUGGAACAGAAGGAAAAAGAAAACAACAUGCUGARAGAGGAGGUGCAUCGUCGAUUUGAAAAUGCUCCUGACACGGCCAAGACAAAAGCUCUGCAAACUGUUAUUGAGAUGAAGGAUUCAAAAAUUUCUUCCAUGGAGCGUGGCCUCCGGGAUUUGGAAGAGGAGAUUCAAAUGUUGAAGUCAAACGGAGCUCUGAGCACAGAAGAACGUGAGGAGGAAAUGAAGCAAAUGGAGGUGUAUCGUAGUCAUUCCAAAUUCAUGAAAAAUAAGGUAGAACAACUGAAGGAAGAGCUAAGUGCCAAAGAGGCUCAAGGGGAGGACCUGAAAAAAAGAGUGGCUGGUCUCCAGGUCGAGAUUGGUCAGGUGAAACAGGAGCUGUCACGCAAAGAUACGGAGUUACUUGCCUUGCAGACCAAGCUGGAGACCCUCACAAACCAGUUCUCAGACAGCAAGCAGCACAUUGAAGUUCUCAAAGAGUCUCUUACAGCGAAAGAGCAGAGAGCUGCCAUCCUGCAGACUGAGGUGGAUGCAUUACGAUUACGUCUGGAGGAGAAAGAGACUAUGCUAAAUAAGAAGACAAAGCAGAUUCAGGAGAUGGCAGAGGAGAAAGGGACUCAAGCAGGAGAGAUCCAUGACCUCAAGGACAUGUUAGAUGUGAAGGAACGGAAAGUUAAUGUUCUUCAGAAGAAGAUUGAAAAUCUUCAAGAACAGCUAAGAGACAAGGAGAAGCAGAUGAGCAGUUUGAAGGAUCGAGUGAAAUCUCUUCAAGCUGACACCACGAACACAGACACUGCCUUGACCACGCUGGAAGAAGCACUUGCAGAAAAAGAGAGGACCAUUGAGCGCCUCAAGGAGCAACGAGAUAGAGAUGAACGAGAAAAGCAGGAGGAGAUCGACAACUACAAAAAAGAUAUUAAGGACCUGAAAGAGAAAGUCAGCAUUUUACAAGGAGAUCUCACAGAGAAAGAGACGUCCCUACUGGAUCUGAAGGAACAUGCUUCAUCUCUCGCUUCAUCAGGACUGAAGAAAGAUUCGAGACUCAAGACACUGGAAAUUGCAUUGGAGCAGAAAAAGGAAGAAUGUUUGAAAAUGGAAACUCAACUGAAAAAGGCUCACGAGGCAGCACUGGAGGCUAGGGCCAGCCCCGAGCUGAGUGACCGUAUGCAACAGCUGGAAAGGGAGGUAGCUCGGUACCGGGAAGAAUCUAGCAAGGCUCAAGCUGAAGUAGAUCGUCUUCUAGAAAUCUUGAAAGAGAUGGAAAAUGAGAAGAAUGAUAAAGAUAAGAAGAUAGCAGAACUGGAGAGGCAAGUUAAAGAUCAAAAUAAGAAAGUAGCAAAUCUGAAGCACAAAGAGCAAGUGGAGAAAAAGAAGAGUGCGCAGAUGCUGGAGGAGGCCAGGAGAAGAGAGGAUAAUCUCAAUGACAGCUCCCAACARCUUCAGGACAAUCUACGUAAAAAGGAUGAUCGGAUUGAAGAAUUGGAAGAGGCACUCAGAGAAAGUGUUCAGAUAACUGCAGAGCGAGAAAUGGUGCUAGCACAAGAGGAGUCAGCCAGGAUCAAUGCUGAGAAACAGGUAGAAGAGCUGAUGAUGGCCAUGGAGAAGGUUAAGCAAGAGCUGGAGUCAAUGAAGGCAAAACUGUCCUCCACACAACAGUCGUUGGCGGAGAAAGAAACCCAUUUGACCAACCUGCGAGCAGAGAGAAGGAAACAUUUGGAGGAGGUUCUAGAGAUGAAACAAGAAGCCCUCCUUGCUGCCAUUAGUGAAAAAGAUGCCAAUAUUGCUCUGCUAGAACUUUCAUCCUCUAAAAAGAAGACCCAAGAUGAAGUGGCUGCACUGAAACGAGAGAAAGAYCGCCUAGUGCAACAGCUCAAGCAGCAGACUCAAAACCGCAUGAAGCUGAUGGCUGACAACUAUGAGGAUGACCACCUCAAAUCCUCAUCCCAUUCCAACCAAACCAACCACAAGCCCUCCCCAGACCAGAUAAUUCAGCCCCUCCUAGAACUUGAUCAGAACCGCAGCAAGUUGAAGUUGUACAUUGGACAUCUGACAGCCCUCUGCCAUGACCGUGACCCCCUGAUUCUGCGUGGACUCACCCCGCCUGCUUCCUACCACCUGGACGAUGACCGGGCAGCUUGGGAGAAAGAGCUGCAGAAGAUGACCCAGGAGCAGCUUCAAAGCGAGUUAGAAAAGGGUGAGAAGGAAAGCGUGGAGCUGCAGGAGUUUGCCAAUGCCAUCCUACAGCAGAUAGCUGAUCACUGCCCCGACAUCCUGGAGCAAGUCGUCAACGCGCUCGAGGAGUCGUCAUGACCGCGGGCAGCGGCCCCGCCGGAGCAAGCGCAGCCCGUGGCCAAGCCCCGCCAGUCCAAGGAGUCAUGAGAACGGAGAGGAACGCGAAAGACAGCAAACGGAACAGAAACUUCUGGUGCACCUUUUACAAAGAAAACAUAAGCAAAAAAAAAGAAAAAAAACCUCUAAAAACUCCGUGCUCCCUAGAUUCUUCCAAUCUAUGGUUAAUCGGUCAUGUUUGCAUCCAUCUUUUCACUGCCUUUCUACUUUGUAAUCUGUUGAUUUUGUCCCUGGUGUUAUGACUUUUAUACAGUUAAGCAGAGCUCUUCCAAGUCUUUUAAACAAAGGAGAGGAGUCACUGAAUGCAAGUAGCUCUAAUUGAGGUGGAAGGGUAGCCUUUGCCUUUUAUUCAUUUAUUGCUUUUUUU